UGUAACAGAGUAUUUUUACUCUGUGGUAUUGCUACAGAUCUCAGCAUGUCCUCCACCUCCGGGUAUUAGUCAUUUUACUUAAGUAAAGGAUAUGAAUAGUUCUUCCACUACUGCUCCCUUUUCUGAUAAAACGCAGACCUAAUCAAAAUAUUCGCUGGUCUCCCUUGUAGCAGAGUGCUUAAUUCAUGCUAGUUUAAUUAUGGCAUGAACGCAAUUUCUAAUUCACGUCAGAGUUACGUCAAUGUGGGAGUGGUUCUUCUUAAUAAAGGGUGCUCACAAUCAAUGGCAGGUGUGAGAGUGAGAAACAGAGACAAACGGAGACACAGCGAGACACAGCCACGUUAGUAGCAAGAGAGCCCAAGUUGAGCCUGGAGGAGUUCGAUAGUAAAUUGGAUACGGGUCAUAUUCCCUAACGCAAAGAGUGCCGGAGUUCGUGGUCUGGAGAAAUCCUUCCGACGCAACACAGAAAACCACACUGAGAAGCCGACAUUGGGAAACCACACUGAGAAGCCGACGUUGGGAAACCACACUGAGAGGCCGACAUUGGAACACCCGGAAUUCCCUCACGGAGAUUAAAAUUGCUCGUCAACCGGAACCGCCAACCUGCCGUACUAUGUUCAUACGGACCGGGGCAGAUCCUAGGUUUCUAUCGACGUUACCGUGAGUCACACUGGAGAGCACCUUGCUCGUACUUUGCGCCUCUCAAGCUGCUUCACACCACAUAAACGCACAUAAACCUACACGCACGCACCCACACACACACCUGCACACACACAGACUGUUUAAAGUGCAUUGGUUUUGUUAAUGUGAAUACAGGCAUUGAAGUUGCUAAUGUUUUGUUGAGUUUGCCUUGACGUGGGUUAAAGGGGAGUUUGAUGUGAUUUUUGAUGUGUGUUUAUUGUUUGGUUUCUAGUAAAUGAGUACUAUGUACGUUUAAAACAAACUUCUGAGCUUUUCUCCUUAUUUGCAUUUACUAAUUUUCGUUAAAUUGCUGACGGUAUCAAACCUAGUUAAGUGGCAGGAUUUUGGGCCUGCCUGGCGCCUGAACUUUAAACUACCUGGGGUUGCCACCGUUACAGAAUGGCGCCUGAACAGGGACUUGAACUGAAAAAAAUUGAGGUUUGUUUGUUGAACUUUUUGAACUCUGAAUUUUGAACUCUUUACAAAAAAAAAAAAACAGAAAAAAAAACCCAUUGUCUGUAUAUAUAUUGUGCUAUUUGUGUAUAGUUGUGCAUAAUUGCUUUGCAUUGCUCUGUGUGUGAAUAUACUGUGGGGGUUUGAAAAGCUCUUUUUGCUGAUUUACGUUAUCUUGUUCCAAGUUGUUUAUACUGGCAUACUGUGUACUUAAUCAUGUCUGCGGAAGAUCAGUCAAGGCCACAUUUAGUGUCUACUCCUCAAAGCAUGCUUCACAUGACACAAUACAAUCACCUUCAUGCUAACAUCCAACUUCCCAACCCUUUGAUUUCAAAGGCUUCUAAAGAUGCAGAGGUAGAGCUGUCUGCUUCUACAUCCUUUAGGCUGCUACUUGAGACUUCUUGUGCUCGUCCAGAUCCUCCAGUGGAGGCUACACAAUCACCAUACCUGGCAAGUACAGAGGACAUGUUAAUGGCAACUCCACCUUCCAUCUCUGAAUCAGACACCUCAGCACAGCGUGAAUUGCCGGCUACUCUUCCUACACCUGCAAGAACACUUGGUAAAAUGGCUCUACAGUCUUUGGACCAACCAGAUUCCUUAUCUACAGGCCCGCUUGGGAACACGGAUGAGCAGACCAUCAGUGCUCUUACUAAAGAAAUGUCACGAAGUCGUUUCCAUCUAGAGGCUAGACUUAAGUCUUUUACAGUCAGAACAGGAGAAGAAAUAAAGAAUCUUAACACAGUUGUAACAAACAGCAAAGCUGACCUAGAAAAUGAAAUGGAGAAAAUGUUAAAGGGAAUGAAAACAUUGGUUGUAGAAGAAGUGAAAAAACAGAACACAACACAGCUUGAUGUAAUUCGCUUUAUGGUGGAACAAUUACAACAGGAAGUCCAGCAGGAUCUUCGUAACCAUCAUGACACUGUUGCUGUCAAUCAUGGAAAUCUGUCACAAAAGAUGGAUCACUGUAUUCGAUUGAUGGAUGAGAUGUGUACCUCUCUAAGCAAUUUACAGGCCCAUGUCUCACAAGAACAUAGUGAACAAGACAUUAAGAUGCAAGCUCUUGACAAUAAGAUUGACACCAGUUUCUCUUACACUAACUCACUUCUUUCUCAUGUGAGGCCCGUGUCCACUCAUAUCCCGCCUUUGUCUGCACAUUGGUCAGUAUCCCACACCCCUCAGUCUGGUACAACGAAAACUGAUCUCAAACAUCUUAAGUUGUCUUUUCCUACCUAUGGCAGGUCAAAUGAUGAUCCUGAUCCUGUGUUGUAUUUGUCUAAAUGCCGCGACUUUCUUGCUGUUCGCCCUCUUUCAGAUCCUGAGAUUCUUGCUGCUUUUAGAACAGUUCUUCACGGUACCGCACGUGAUUGGUGGGAAAUUGCCAUGACUGAAGUCGUGACAUGGGUUGAUUUUGAAAAAAAGUUCCUUUCUGCUUUCUUGUCGGACGACUACCAAGAAGAACUCACAGAACGAGUGAGGAGUCGUAAACAGGGAGAGCGUGAAUCUAUUCGAGAUUUUUCUUUUUCUUAUCGUGCUCUUUGUAAACUCUGGAAGCCUGAGAUUACUGAGAUGGAAAUAGUGAAGAUGAUCUUGAAAAAUAUCAAACCUCAGCUUGCUAGUUACCUUCGAGGUCGAGCUCAAUCUGUGGAGGAACUGGUGAAACUUGGCCAUCAGUUGGAGAAAGACCUAGAACAACACUCACUGCAGGAACAUCGCCUUGCUUACAAUAAGCACUCGCAGCAACAGAAGGGUAUUUCCAAACCUGUGGAGAAGCCUCCUGUGACUUGCUGGCGUUGCAAAGGUCAACACCCACCUGGUUCGUGUCCUCAAUAUCGACCCCCUGCUGGAAGCUAUCAGUCUUCACAACAACCAUCGAAAAACAUGCCUAGACCUUCCAAGCCUGGACAGCAAGGUACUGGAAAUGUGGGUAUAACAUCAUCCACUCGUGGCACUCCUAGGAAACAGCUUACAACCAAAACUACAAAGAAAGUGGGACCUGGUGCUCUUAACAUACCUCAACAGUUGGUAGUUCCUUUAAACAUAGGCACAUGGAAUGGCAAAGCUAUUGUCGACACAGGUGCGAGCUACACUCUUAUCCAUGAUAGUGUGUGGAAAGCACUGAACAGACCCAAUGAAGACUUUAAGCCUUGGACAAGCGGUCCACUCUUCUUGGCUAAUGGAGAAACGGAGACACCUCUUGGCUGGGCUGAAGUGACCAUUGAUUUAAGUCACAAUGCUUGCACCUUACCAGUGGCAAUCCUAUCUCCCAAAGCACUGGCUUACAGAGUAGUCCUUGGUUUAGACUAUCUGUUCUGCAGUGGACUGCAAAUUCAUGCUGCUGACUGUCAGUAUAGUUUUAAGGGCAGACCAGAGACAUUCCUGUUUCAGCAGAACAAUGAUCAAACACUGAACUACAGUGUAUUACCCAAACUCACACUGUUGUCCUCUAUUCCUCCCCCAUGCUUACCCCCUCAGCCUGUUGAAUUAACAGCUCAAGAUUACAUCGAUCUGGCUGUAGCCAAGGCUGAUGUGGAAGAAGACAGCUCUUGGAAUCCAAACCUGAUCUGUGCUGUUUGA